CGAGAGGGGCACCUCCCAAUGCUGCGCUACAUCGUCGAGCGGUACGGCGCGCCGCUGCGAGUCGAGCCGAGCCCGGUCGGCCUCACGCCGCUGCAGGAGGCGGCGCGGCUCGGCUGCCUGCAGGUCGUGCGCUACGUGCUUCAGGCGCAGGGCGUCGACCACGCGGCGAUCAACCACCGCUCGCCGUCCACGGGCUGCUCCGCCCUGAGCGACGCGGCGAUGCGGGGCCACGCUGGCGUCGUCUCGCUGCUGCUCGCCGCUGGCGCGCAGGUCGACGCGCCGCGCAAGGACGGCAAGACGGCGCUGCACUGCGCCGCCGAGCAGGGCCACGCCGCGGUGGUGCGACAGCUGUUGCGCGCGGGCGCCGACCCGCUCGCCAGGGAGGAGGAGGGGCGCACGCCCGCCGAGCUCGCGGAGGUGUGGCACGAGGACGCGCGCGCGUUCCUGCUCGCCGCCGAGGAGCACCAGGGACAGUCAUGACAGGGACAGUCAGGGCGCAGGAAACGGGAGCGGGGCCCGAAUCCAAGGGACCUCCCCGUGUCUGACGCGUGACGCACUGUAUCGGUGACGAGACGGUCGACGACCAGGCAGGGGCGCGGCCGGGGUGGGGCGCGCGCGGGGGCGGCGGGUGUGCGGGAUGUCUGUGGGCCCGAGAGCGAUGUGCGUGUGUCCGCCUUGCGUUUGUUUUCAUAACAUCGAAGGCUAGCUC